AGAGGGGAAAGCAAACAAUUUUCAGGCCCGCCGCGUCUAGCAAAAAAUAUGAGAAAAAAAUUAUUAAAAAUUCGGAAAAUAGUUGAAAGUGAAGAAAAACUCAACAGAAAGGAUGUUAAAGCGUCCGGGGCCCCUGAGUCCGGACGAUGUUGAGCACAUAAAGCUGGAUAGAAUAAUUGCAUCAGAUCUAGUUGGGCACUCUGUCUCUGUCCAUGUAGCUGGUCUGCCUUAAGGUGCCAUGGCUACAGGGACCCAGGGCCACCGUGACCACAUCUUGGAGAAAGCCAAGCUCACGCCACCCACAGGGAGGCGCAGGAGAGCCGAGGGGAAGCCGAAGAAGAACUUCCCCUGCCAGGAGUGUCAGAAGGCGUUCAACAGUCUGGAGAAGUUAAAGGUGCACUCGUAUUCUCACACAGGAGAAAGACCCUACCGCUGCUCCCACCCCGACUGCACCAAGGGUUUCGUCUCCAAAUACAAGCUGCUACGGCAUAUGGCAACUCACUCGCCAGAAAAAAACCACAAGUGUUCAUACUGUGAGAAAAUGUUCCACCGCAAGGAUCACUUAAAGAAUCAUCUACACACUCAUGACCCAUACAAGGAGGCAUUCACCUGUCAGGAGUGUGGCAAGAGCUACAACACCAAGCUGGGCUUCAAACGCCACCUCGCCCUCCACGCUGCCAACAGUGGAGAUCUCACCUGCCAAGUGUGCCUGCAGCCAUUUCCUAGCACCGGGAUUCUUCUAGAGCACCUCAAAACACAUGCUGGCAAGUCCUCUGGCGGGACCAAAGAGAAAAAGCAUCGCUGCGAGCAUUGUGAGCGGCGAUUUUAUACCCGGAAAGACGUACGACGCCACAUGGUGGUGCACACCGGACGCAAGGACUUCCUUUGUCAAUACUGUGCCCAGCGCUUCGGUAGGAAGGACCACCUGACACGUCACAUGAAGAAGAGCCACCCCCAGGAGCUGCUGAGGGUAAAAACUGAGCCAGCUGAUUCGCUGGAGCCUAUUGUCUACGACUUGGCUUCUGGGGACAUCAAGGGUGAACUCCCUGGAAUGCUGACGCCAAGGCUCCACCAGCUCAACAUGUACACAGGCCCCGUCCUGGACACAGAGCCCUUCCCCACCCCCACACACCCCUUUUCUUUAAAGUACCCGCUGGGCUCCAACUUUACCUCAUACACCGUCUCCUCACAGGAGCGGGAGCAGAAUCUAAAGGGAGAACUGGAGACCUACCUGAUGGAGCUGCAGAGCAGCAUGCCCUCCUCAUCGUCUGCAGCCCAAGAACCCCAACUCUCCUCCUCCAAACUUGACUUGGGGCCUCAAGUUGGCGGGCUGGAAGGAGCGAGCGAGGAAGUGUCCUUGUCCAAAAUGUCCACUUCGGUCGCAGCAGCCACUGCAGGUGACUCUCUGGCCUCAUCCUCCUCUCUGAUGGACUUUUCACAGCUUUUCAACUUCCUUCCACUCAAUGGGCCUCCGUACAACCAGGCAGGGGGCAGCGGGGGGCAGGGUGUUGCCUAUCAACCCAACGAAGAGCCCACACCUCUCGUCCAGCUGCCCCCCCAGUCCUCUGAAGGCCCAGAGGCUGCAGAGACGCCGCUUCAAGGGCUCCCCUCCUCCUUCAUAUCCAACCUGAGUACACCCACCACACUGCCCCGAUUCCACCAAGCUUUUCAGUGAUCCAGUAUGUACUGCAAAUUGCACACAUGCACUCUUAACACACACAUACUGACAUGCAUGUCAAGCUACACAACCACACAGGCAGAGAGACACUGAAACAAGAUGCCAGUAACACAUGAUUGGUGAUAUUAGAAACGUCCUCCUUGAAAUAUAACAACAUGUGCAGACAGUAACACAUGCAGCAGACACAUAAUGAUGAGCACUGACAACACACACAGACACAGAGCUCUCCACACAAGGUUUGGUUUAGUCCGUUUUCUAAUGGCAACUAUUAGGAUGUCUUCUUUGCCCCUAUCAGUUUUAUUUAAGUUGGCUAAUCACCACGAUUCCCUAGUGAUGUGUUCAUUUAACAGCAGAAAAACGAUCCUCUAGAUCUUAAAUUGCAGCGCAAGCAGCAGCUCUGACAAACAGGUCAGCACAGCUCAGGUUCAUACUUUAAUAGAUUUCAGUGCAGCACUUCUCUGUGCACUGCAUCACCAUCAUCAGUACAAAAAUCCGCAACAUACGCUGGAGUAUAACCAUUUUUCUGCAGUAAUGUGAACCUGACACAGCAAAAAGAGAUCAAAGGUGAAUUAGAGGAACUUUCACUUAGAUGAAUGACAUAGAUGAGCUUCGUAUGCAGAUUCUGAAAUUCAUAAUGUUUUUCAUUUGAACACUUUGAACGAUCUGAUGCUGUCAAGCAUCAUGUUACCUCUGUUUUAAAUCAUGAUUUUAAAGGACCAGUCUGUAGUUUUGGUAUGUUUUUGUUAAUUUGCAUUGCUUUAGACACACACACACACCCACACACACACACACACACACACACACACACACACACAACUAAGCUAAUGUAGAUGGAAUCAAGUGAAAUUCUAGGAAAUUAAAUUAAAUACAUUGAGAAAUAAAAUAUUUCUAGUGUAAUGUUAAAGCUUAACAUGCAAAACAUCCGGCUGGUCCUUUGAUCAAUCUAUAAAAAGAAGUUCAUCCACAUUCACAUGAUCAAACACAAGGUACUGAGUAGGAACUACUGAACGGCAGCAUUACAGAUUUACAAUUCAUUUUCGUAGUCGAUAGAUUUUCUGGUCAAAUGUUCUCCUAAUUCUCUGACAGGGGAUAUUUCACAAAAGUUGAAAUGUGUCUUUUAUGGUUUAUCUUCCACCGCCCCCUAACUGAAGACACCCAAUCACAGACAGCGCUUUGGAGGUAAACUCAUCAGUACAAACACCAAGGGCUGUCAUUCUCUUGUAAUCCCCUCUAAAGACCCAUUCCACCACAAAAAUAUAGUAUACCUAGAUGGAGAGGUGAGAUGGAGAGGUGAGAUCAGUCAUAUAAGUAUUAAGUCAUUAAUGAGCACCAGUUUCCACAUAGAAAACUGAAUUGUGAUGAGUUUGAUUGUCUACUGAGACGCUCCCCUUGUUUGGUUUAUGUCUUAUUUUUUCAAAGGUUAUUACAAAAUGUCAAAUACCACAAAGCAAGCACCCCCAAGAAUCAUGAAAGUUAUUAAUGCAAAAAAACACAAACUAUCAUCUUCACGUCCUUCCUGUCUGUAGUCAUGGCAUGUGCAUUUAGAAGGAGAUAGACUUCUAAGAAGUGUAGUUGGUAGGACUGCCCUUUUUUUUCAAUGUUGGACUGAAACCUUUAGUCAGGAUUUGGAUGCAAAAGAUCCAGAAGAACCGUUGUAUUUCAUCAUCACAGAAUUGAAAAUUAACAUUAAGACUCAAAUUAGGUACUGCGAAAAAUGAUUAAGGUGGGCAGGGGGCUGAAUUUGAUACUCUGCUUUAAACAUUUUUUUAUAAGGAAUAGAAAUAUUUUCACAGGCUUCCCACUCGCCCCAACUUUGAAAAAACUGCAACAACUCUCUGAACCUCAAUAUAUGAAAUGACCAAUACCCACAUUAAUGGCAAAUAUAUGAAAGGAUGUGCUCUGUUUACCAAAUAUUUUUCACCAUUCUAUAUGUUAGAGACUUAGGUGUAGAAUAUAGUCAUUAAAUAUGCCAGUUAAGUUUUUUUCUCACCCAGUGUGGAAUAAUAUGGAACUCCUCGAGAAUAUAUGAAGUCCAUAAAAUGUUAUGUGAAGCUGCCACAUUUUGCUGCUAUUUUGAUGAUUUAGUCAAAGGAAUGGGAUGUGAAACAGGCAAAUGAGGAAAUAAUUUAUGAGUGAAUGUUUCACCGCCUGGUGGUUAUUCCAUAUUUAAAGCCUGAAAAAGUUCCAAAACAUUUUACUGUUCACAAUCAGGUUACUAGUUUGAUGUCAACCGUCCACUGCCACAAGUUCUCACUUCCUCUUGUACGGCUCCACUUCAUAUUUAGAUUAACAUGGAAACUUAAAAGAUAUUUUAGUCCUGCGGGUUUUAUGUGGAAAUCAGCUGGCAAUUAUAUUUGCAUAUCCAACAAGAUUGUAGCAAAUACAUUAUAACAUUAUUUCGUAAACUUAAUCAUUGUUAAGGUUCAUCUGAGUUUUAUAAAGUGGGCUAUUCACAUAUACAUUACAUUAGCUUCCAGUGUUACUUGUAUCAUCUUGUAAAUCAUUGAUUCACCAUUGGUCAUUUAACAUCAAAGUGUUACUUUGUGAGCCAACAAGCUAAAAAAAAAAACUUUUCAGGAAUGAAUUGCGUUCUUUAACUGUGUGGUGUAUAUCAAAGAGUCUGCUACCUUUUUAAGUGUUACUGAACCUGAAUAGUCAACAUUGUCCCAUCCUUUAACUUUAAUGCCUUUCCCUCUAGAAAGGCAUUUGUACGAGCAAAGCUGCUUACUGGUGGGUGACGGAGGACUUUAGUGGUUUUUGGGUAGAUCCUAGGUUAAAUAUAUAGAACUGUUUGAAUGUGAAGCAGGACAUAACUGGAAAAGGGCUGGGAUUCGCAGCUAAUAUUCCCUGGAUUAAAGAUACAUAAAGUUCAUUAGGCCAAAGCAUGCUUCUUUUAAAUCAGCUGUCUCAGAAGUCUUUCCUGUAAAGCCUUACAAAGGACUGUCAUUUCAAAUGCAGUUCAAUAUGUUGAUAGAGAAAGACACACAUUCACUGAUAGAUCAUAUUAAAUGCUGUCCCCACCGCCUUAUCUAUCCAUGGACAGAGUUUUGCCUCUGAGACUUGUGCUUCUACUCCAAAAGAUUUGAGCCGAUGAACCUUGUAUUGACAAAAUUCCUAUUAUAGGAUUUUUUUUUACUUUCAUUAUAUGGUGUCAAAACCUGGGCCAACCAAGCCAAAUCUAUCUACAUGGAUAGAGACCACUUGAGGGAAGAUGUUUUUUUUUAUGAUUUAUGUGAAUUACAUCUUUAAUUUCAAAACUUAAAAAAUAAGCUUGAAUCAAUCUUUUUAAGGGACAUUAUAUUUGGGUGUGUUCAUCAUCUGUUGUUCUUAUUUAAACGUUAGCUAUUACCUGCAGUCAGUAAGGGCUUCCACCACCGACCAGGAGGAGGAGUGUUUUUUAGCAUUAUCUGAAGCAUUUGUUAACUGACAGAAUUAUAGUUGAAGUUAGAGUUGAAGCUGUAUGUAUCAAAGCUCCAUCCAACAUGACAUUCACUGCUAAUUUGUUCAGGACAUGAGCUGUAGCUGUUGUUCAGCUCUGAUGCGCCCUCAGUCAUCAGUGCCUAUUUCCCCUUAGCUUCUUUCAACAUGAAGUCAGUCGCUGCUCAGUCAUCACUCUGGACACAGUCACACUCAAACCAUACAUUUCAAGCAGAUGUGCCUUAUUUUUCAGGAAAUACUUUAACAUAUCAGCUGUUUGCUGACAUUUACAAUCAAUGUGGGUGAGGGGAAAAUAAAGGAAUAAAGAACAGCUGUGUUUGAACAGAUCACAGAUAUAUUUUUACAUUGUUUUCCACAGGUUAGUAUUACAUAUGUAAAUAACUUCAGCUUUCACUUUGAAACUUCGAGAUUCUGUUUCCAACAUUUGUAAAGACGCUGGAAUGUGGACAUGUGGAGUUUUUGGUUUUGAAUGUUGUUAUUCAGAUCAUGUAAAAAAGUAUACACCAUCAAUGGUGAGUCGAAACAAACAGAUACUGAUUUAUAACGUGAAAAAGGUUCCCCGGAGAUGUUUGCUAUCAAAAUCCAAACAGAAUCAAACAGUAAACUACCGUCAACACUGAUGCACUGCUUUGACAUGGCAUUAGCAACUGCCAUUACCUCUAUUGACUGUGUUUAGAUGUAGAUUUUCUAAUGGCUGUAGAGCUGCAUUUAAUAGCUACAGCUAUUUUUGCUCCUAUAAAGUUGCUUGAUUUGUGUCACCCUCAUUUGUGGGCUCAGCACUCUGGACAUCACUUUGUGAUUUAUUUUCAUCACCUUGGGCAAAAUUUCAGGUCUGACAGUAUGACAGACACCUGAGAGUCACAGCCUGUUACUGGAAAUCAGGAAAACUCUGAAUCAUGAAGUAACGCACGUGUAGACAUAGAAUGGUCACAUAGAAUGCUGAGGUCACAAGUGUUAGGGUAGGUUCAAGUGUCUGUGUUAUCGAGGUGUUAUCUAUGGGCUCAUGAGUGUAGUCCCUGUUGUUAUACACUUUACUUUGUGCUCGCAAUCAGUAGCCAGCCCAGUGGGGCUGGUCAUCAACUGAAAUGUUUGUGUAGCACAUAAUCAUCAUGACUUAUUCUUUGAACUAGUUUCUGAUUUCAAUCAAAUUGUGAAAAGAUAGUUGCCCCUGCCCUAUUUCUCUAGUUUUUGCUAAUUUGUUGUAUUUAAAUCAGCCGAAUAAUUUUAAGAUAUAGACAUGAGUAUACGAAAAAUGCUACUUUUAAAUGGUCAUUUCACUUAUUGAAGGUUAUUCAAACCCUAAAUCACCCAUGUGAAAAAUGAAUUGCCCCCAAAACCUAAUAACUGGUUGUGCCACCCUAGGCACUAAACAUUUGUAAUAGCUUGCGAUGAGUCUUUGACAUCGCUGGUGAGGAAUUUUGGCCCACUCGAAUUGUUUGGUGGGUUUUUGAGCAUGACGUGUGCAUUUAAUUUCUUGCCACGGCAUCUCAAUUGGAUUCAAGUCAGGACUUUGACUUUAUUUUAUUUCUUUUGAGCCAUUCUGAGGUCGACUUGCUUGUGGCCUGUGGAUCCUUGUCCUGCUGCAUAAUCCGACUGCGUUUGACCUCCUAGAUGAGUUAUUGAAGCGCUCUGGGAGGAAUUUUGGAAGGGCGGCCACUCCUGGGAAGGUUCACCACUGUCCCAAGUUGUCUUUCUUUGUAGAUACCGGUUCUCACCGUGGUUCGAGUCCCAGAGCCUUAGCAAAGGCUCUGAAACCUUUCCAGAGUAGAUAGAUUUCAAUGGCGUUGUUUCAAAUCUGUUCUUGAAUUUCUUUAGUUUAUGGCAUCAUGUGUUGGUUUUUAAGAGCCAGAUGUUUAGAUUGAAAAAGAAAUUCCGUAACCAUGCCUGGGUUUGGCUGAUUGGUUGAUUUAGAAACUGAGGGGUCAAAUAACUUUUCCCCAUUAGGCCAGACAGUGUUUUCCUUCAAUAAAUGAAAUUGUCAUUUAAAAAAUAUAUAUGUUAUCCUUACUUUGGUUUAUCUCUGUCUAAUAUUAAAAUUAGUUUGAUGAUCUGAAACAUUUAAGUGUAACGAAUUUACAGAAAUAGAAGAAAUCAGAAGGAGGCAAAUAUUUUUCACAGUACUGACUGUGCAUCA